AUGGCUGAUGGUGAAUAUAGUUUCUCCUUAACAACAUUUAGUCCCACGGGGAAGUUAGUUCAAAUUGAAUAUGCUCUGAAUAGAGUUUCAAGUAGUUCCCCUGCCUUGGGCAUCCGAGCAAAGAAUGGAGUAAUAAUUGCAACGGAGAAAAAGAGUCCAAAUGAUCUUAUAGAAGAAAAUAGUAUAUACAAAAUUCAGCAGAUUAGUGAACAUAUUGGAAUUGUAUAUGCAGGAAUGCCUGGAGACUUUCGUGUAUUAUUGAAGCGUGCUAGAAAAGAAGCAGCUCGAUAUUCCUUGCAGUAUGGAAAUGAAAUAUUAGUAAAAGAAUUGGUGAAAGAAAUAGCAUCUAUAGUACAGGAGUUUACACAAACUGGUGGAGUAAGACCAUUUGGUUUGUCUUUACUAAUAUGUGGAAUAGAUGCAUAUGGUUAUCACUUAUAUCAGAUUGAUCCAUCAGGAUGUUAUUUUAAUUGGCUAGCUACAUGUAUAGGAAAAGAUUAUCAAAAUAAUAUCUCCUUUUUGGAAAAACGGUACAGUACUGAUAUCGAAGUAGAAGAUGCUAUACAUACAGCAAUUUUGACUUUGAAGGAAAGUUAUGAAGGGGUUAUGAAUGAAAAGAACAUUGAAAUUGGAGUAGCGUGUAACAACAAACCUUUCAAAAUUUUAACCCCAAACGAGAUUAAGGAUUAUCUCAUAGAAAUAGAAUAA